GGAGCCAAGCCGGAAGUUGGUCAGGCUGCCUCUGCUGCUCAAGGUGUCACUGUAUUCCUGGAGACCCAUCUGCCUCUGCCUCACAAGGAACAGGACUAAAGAGCUCAUGUAUCACAUAGCCUAGGCUGGCCCAGAUUUGCCGUGUGGCUGAGGAUGAGCUUGAGAAUCUGACCUUCCCACCUUCACUUGGCGACGUGUUCUUAAUCAUCACUUGGAGAUGGCGGCUCCCCAGUUCACCCUCAGUGUCCUCGUGUGUGCCUUGCUCAUUUGCUCCGUGACUGCUUAUCCCAAUGGAAGAGUAGCAAGGUCCUGUGCUGGGAUGAUCCCCCAGCAUAACCACAGCCCUCAGUCUGAUCCUGUUCACAAAAUCACAGUGAGUCAGAUGAAGUUCAAACCUGGAGACCAGAUCAAAGUUACUUUAUCAGGACCGCCAUUUAGAGGCUUUCUUUUAGAAGCCCGGAACGCUGAGGAUUUGAGCGGCCCUCCUAUUGGCACCUUCACCUUGAUUGACAGCGACUCGUCACAGAUUCUGACCUGUGAAGAUGUACAGGGAUUCGCUGUGAGUCAUACAAGUUCAUCCAUAAAGACAGAAAUUAAAGUCUACUGGAAUGCUCCAAGCAGUGCCCCGGAUCACGUCCAAUUUCUAGCCACAGUUGUUCAGAAAUAUAAAAUCUACUGGGUGAAGAUUCCUGGUCCCGUAAUUUCCCAACCGAGUGCUCCUCCCUUUACGACGCCUGAAGCUACAACACAACCUUUGACAAUGGCCCCUUCUGUCUCGCACUUAACCAAACCAUUCAGUGCCUCUGAGUGUGGGAACAAGAAGUUCUGCGUCAGGAGUCCGUUGAACUGUGACCCAGAGAAUGAGCCUGCCUGCGUCUUCUUGUCCUUCACCAGAGAAAACCAGUCAGUGAUGGUUGAAAUGAGCGGACCCAGUGAUGGCUACGUGUCCUUUGCAUUUUCUCAUGACCAAUGGAUGGGUGACGAUGAUGCUUACUUAUGUAUUUAUGAGGACCAGACAGUGUAUAUACAGCCUUCCUACUUGACAGGGAGAAGUUAUCCUGUGAUGGACUCCAGGGGGACUCUUGAGGAUAUGGCUUGGAGGCUGGCAGACGGCGUCAUACAGUGUUCAUUCAGAAGAAACAUCACCCUUCCUGAGGCUAAGAACAGAUUUGUGCUGAAUGAAAGCUACUACAUAUUCUACGCAGAAGGCGCGGCCCACGACGGCCGAAUAUUUAGGCACUCUCAGCAACCUUUGAUAACGUACGAAAAAUACAACGUGACAGGCACUCCACAGAACGUAGGAGGGUCCCGCUCUUCAGCCCUUUUGAAAGCUCAUGGUGCCUUAAUGUUUGUGGCAUGGGUGACCACAGUGAGCACAGGAGUCCUGGUUGCCCGGUUCUUCAGAUCUGUUUGGUCAAAAGCUUUCUUCUUCGGGCAAGCAGCUUGGUUUCAGGUGCACCGGAUGCUCAUGCUCGCUACCUCUAUGCUCACCUGCGUGGCUUUUGUUUUGCCUUUUGUGUACCGAGCAGGCUGGAGUUGGCGCGCAGGCUACCACCCGUACCUCGGUUGUAUAGUGAUGACCUUAGCUGUCCUUCAGCCUCUGCUGGCAACCUUCAGACCACCUUUACACGACCCAAGGAGGCAAGUGUUUAACUGGACUCACUGGAGUGUGGGGACAGCUGCUAGAAUAAUAGCAGUGGCAGCAAUGUUCCUAGGAAUGGAUUUACCAGGACUGGAUCUCCCCAGUCCACAGAAGACCUACGCAAUGAUGGGGUUUGUGGUCUGGCACAUUGGGACUGAGGUCAUUCUGGAGAUACAUGCUUACCUGCUCUCUAGAAAAGUUGAAAUACUGGAUGACGAUAGAAUUCAGAUCCUUCAGUCACUAACCGUUGCUGAAGCAGAGGGUCAUGUUUUUAAGAAGGUGGUGUUGGCGGUUUACAUAUGUGGGAACGUGACUUUUCUCAUGAUAUUCUUGUCUGCAAUCAGCCAUGUUUGAGCACGAAAAGACUUGUUUUUUUGUGGGUCAUGAUGAUCAUCAAAAUGAGGAGAGACCUGAUGCGUGUACUGACCACCUGGCGCACAUACUGAUUCAGAAGACCCCUGGGCAUCGCUCUAGAGGAAUUCUGAAGUCUGGUUUUCUUGGCUCACAUUCAAGUGGGCUAUAUGACACAUGCAUUGAUAUCAAUCAAGGCUUUAUGCGUAAUUCUGCACCUUGAAGGGAACAGUGUACCUGAGAUGACCUGACUCUAAACGUCCCACGCCAGAUUUAAAACAGGAAACUGGAAAGGAAGAUAGCAAGUGAAGACAAUUAUCUCAGGCAAAGAAUAAGUGGAGAUUGUAUCCUUAGGAAUGAGACAGGUUUUGUGUAGCCCAGGCUGGCUUCUAACUGAUUGUAUAACCAAAGAGACCCGGAACCUGUGAUCUUCCUGCCUGUGCUUCCUGGGUGGCGGGGUUACAGGUGUGCACCGCUCUAUCUGGUUUUAAGGGGACUGUAAUUUUCAUGCUGCUGCUGCUGUGGUACUUUAAAGAAUACAUUUAUGUUGAUUAGUUUAUUUUAGAGAUUUUUAUCUUAGAUUUUUUUAAAAAAAUUGCUACAUUUUGUUUUUAUACACAUAGAUACACACACACACACACACACACACACACACACACACACACACACACACACACAAAUAAAUAAAACCUACAAGAAAAAACAUGCAUGUUUUCUGACCAGCGACUGGGACUAUUCUCUUCUGUUUGUGUUCAGUACUUCUGGCUAAAGGUGGCACGGUGGUUGAUUUAUUCAGUGGGCAUUUCACUAACAUUUAAUUAUGUUAUGGAUAUUAUAUUCUCUCUUUAGCAGUUAAAUGCAGGUAGGUAUCUCCUGAUUAGAGAUUUCAUUUAUUUUUUAUCUGUGGAGCUGAACCGACAUCUUAUGUAAGAUCAGUCCUUAUAGGAGCUAAGAACAAAGUCGUGAAUUUCACAGUGGCUAAACCUCGCCCUUGUGAACAGAUCUAGCAGGUGUUCUUGUCUCUUGUGAAAUUAAACUAACAUGGAUGGGCUCCUUUGGAAGACAGCCCUGUGCUCUAGUGACUUAGAGGCAAUGCGUUUUCCUCUCCUACUAGGUCAUUUUCUAUCUCAAUGUUUGCUAUGAGGACCUACAGCCAGUGGGUGGCGCUGUAAUACCGGAGGACUCAUUUGUUCUGUUCCCAUUGUUUUUAUCAUGGGGCUAUUUCCUUACACCCUACCGCUCUGUUUUUUUUUUUUUUUUUUUUUUUUUUGUUUUUUUUUUGUUUUUUUUUUUCUUUCCUUUUUGGAGUAAUAGGUGCUAGAAACUUAAUGACUGGUGUUAUUACUUUCUGACUUAUUUGUUUUCUUUGAUUAUUUAUAAUGAGUGUUUGAUAUUUUCUUUUAUAGUCUUCUGACCCUGUAGCAAAUGAAGAUAAUUUUGUUAGGCAAAGGAAACAGGUAAAGUUGGACAUUUAAAAAAUAAAAUAAUUGGGAGGGUAUAUUUUAUGUUUUUAGAUACUCUUUCGGAUGAUUUCGGAUUUCUGCUUGGCUCCAGAACCCUAUUUUCAUCUCUCAGUAAUUACCCCAGUUCAUUGUUUUUAUUUCUAACCAAUAAAGUGAAAACUUUUGGUUUUUCUCUACAUAGAUCUUAGUUAAAAAUAGCUUAGGCUUCGGUAGGAAUUUCUUGUGCUCAUGGUCAAUGAAUGCCACAUUUCGGUUUAAAUAUCUCUUGAGAAUGUCUUUAUUUCAAGAGAAAGGGCUGGGGAUGUAGCUCAGAGGCACCGUGCUUGAGUAGUGAGUGUGAAGCCAUGCUUCUGUCCUAGCACCGGAGAAAUGGCAGAGUAACAAUGUGAAUCUGUAUGAAAAAAUUUUCUUUCAGUUUUACAUUAUAAGCCACUAAAGGCCAAAACAUAUGUCUUAAUAAGUCUUAUUUAGUAUCAGACAAGGAAAAUCCCUUCAGGAAAAGGUGGAAUUUGCUUAGGUUUGGUUUGCAGAUGGGUGAACUUCUGGACUUCUGAUGCCAAGGCCAAUAUUGUAAUGUAUUUUUCAAAAGAAAUUUUUUUUAUUAUUUCUUUAAUACGUAGGGGCACCCUCUCAGAGGCGAAAGGGAAGUAGGAUGGGAGGAGGAACCCUGUGAGGAGAGGCCUGGGGAGGGGAGGGGAGGUAAAUAUAUAAAUAAGUUAAGAAAAAAGAACUUUACAUAAUGACAGGUGGGUGUGGUACCACAGGCCUCUAAUUCCAGUGGGAGGCAGAGGCAGGCGGAUCUCUGUAAGUUCAAGGCCAGCCUGGUCUAUAAGAGAGUUCACCAGGACAGCCAGGGUACACAGAGAAGCCCUGUCUUGGAAAACACACACACACACACACACACACACACACACACACACACACACACACACAUCUCUCAUAUCUCAUAUAAUGUAUUUUGAUCAUAUUCACCUUAGCUCCUCCCACAUCUCCACUAACUUCUCUACUCCCAAACUGUAUGUCUUAUUAUUGUUUGUUUGCAAUAAUCUGUGCUGUCUAUAUCCUCCUGGGUUUCUGGCUGCCCACCAAAGAUCGAGGUCAAUUUUUCCCAAGCCACACCCCUAAAGAAAACUGACUCGCUCCCAUGAGAAGCCAUCAACUGUAGGUCCUCAGGUAGGGAUGGACUUAGGGACUCCUUCCCACCUCAUGUGGACUGGCUUGACCUUGCACAGGAGUUGUGCAGGCAACCACAGUGGUUGUGAGGUCAUGAGUGAGGUAUCCUGCCAGCUCCCGAAGACACUGUUUCCACCCUGCGCCUUCCUUCCCAGCCUCUGGCACUUGCAGUCUCUGGGACUGCUCUGACGUGGUCCCUGAGCGCUGGGAAAGGGCGUGAUAUAGAUGCUCCACUUGUGACUCAUCGCUCCGCAGAUGCUUUGACCAGCUGUGAGUUUCUGCAUAGCAUAUUCUUUUUCACGGAGUGGUGUUUGCUCGGGUUUACUCCUCCAUCGAGCUGUGCAAACAAAUCUGUGCCACUUAAUCUUAGUGCGCCCAUUUCCCUUAGGAACGGACGCGUUACAACCCUUCUGCUCCCUGUGCUUGGUCUUAGUUUUGCAAUAAACAAUCUGGGUAGAUUUUUAAAAAAAAAAAAGUAUACAUAUUUUUUUUAAAAAAAGAAAAACUAAAUGAUUUUUCUGUGUCUAGGCAUAUUGUCAAAAACAGCAAAACCAUGUUUUCUUAAAGAAGGGCUAUUCUGUAAAAUAGAGAUCAAUGUUUUCCACAAAAUAAAAAAGAAAUAGUCUAGAAAAUCAUGGUUAAGUUAGCAUAGACUGAGUCUGUGUUUGGCCUUGUCAGCUUCUGGUCUGAGGAGGUCAAGCUGGGGCACAGCGGCCUGUAACUGUAGUGAAUAUGUGACUCUCGUUCCUGUUAGCGCUUCUCAGUUUGAGGAUUCCGGGCUGGAGGUGAGGUGAUGCCUCAUCCUCCCCACAUCCUCCCCUCCCGCCCAGGAGGCUGUAGGAAGGCAAGCACAGCAGAUACCAACUAGGAAGCCAUGGGGGCCGUGUGGCUCUUGGCUCCAAGUCUGUUUAUCUAUGUAUUCUAUUGAAGCAAGGGGGAAACGGGGAACAAAGGCCCUUGUUCAAGAUAAUCCAUUAUUAAUGGGACUGGAGAAACAAUUCUUUUAUGUUCAUUAUGAACUGGAUCAGCCUUCUCAUAGCUCCCACGUCCGUCCUUCCUUCCCUGUGUAACCCCUGACAUACUCAUUCGUCGGCCCACAGUGUCGGUGCUCACCCAGCCGCACUGCCUUUCUGUUUCCGUCCUAGCCAGAGCCUGCAGGUUCACGUUUUCCAUUCUUUCAUCUUCCUGGCACCUCCUUGUCCUGUUCCCGACACUGAUCCCUCUUUGUCAGUGGGUGCUGAGGUGGGAGGGAGGCCUGAGGAGCCACAGUUACUCCCGAAUUCCAUGUUUGUGGCAAUGGGGUUUGUCUCCCGGGAGUCGUCUUUGUCGUCUUCAACAACCUAUCUCAUUAAACUUCUGAGUGAAAUGACACCAGCCAAAGGUGCUUGCUUUGUACAUGUUGCUGGUAAGGCCUUUGCCACUCGAUUACAAUGUUAAACUUUUAACAGUUUUGCAUCUGAAAUGUGGUUUUUUUUUAUUAUUAUAAGAAUAUAUGAUGAAAUAGCUCAGACACACCUGACGGUUCUUAUCUGAUUCUCCUGUUGUGCGAACCAGCAGGAUCAAAUGUGUGACGAACUAAGGUAGAAUUCAGGUCACUGGGUGGGGGCCGGGUAGCUAGGGGGUGGGAGUUAUUACUAAGGAAGGUUAAGUUUGUGUCGGGGAAGUGAUGAUUGCACACUGUUCUGAAUGUGUUCAAUGAACUGAAUUCUGCACUGAGAGAUGAUUGACAUGGGAAUAACCCAAUAAAAACUGAGCAAAACGUU